GCGAAACUCAAACCCGGCUUCCGGUCCUAUUUGUAUUUUGAAGACUACUCUUGUUAAUGUUAUUUUUCAAGUUCACGUUGUUUCUAUCUUUUAACAAUGAAAUCAAAGAAAAAAAUUACAGAACGCCAGAAAAAGACACAUUUAGAUUCUGGUAACAGUUCUCUGUUUUCCCCUGGAUCUGGAUGUGCCAGCAAGGUCAAGGAGAGUGUAACAGCAGGGAGGCGCUAUUCAAACAGAAUAAAAAAUCAACAAAGGUCUACACCGAAAACAGAAACCACUGGCUUGAUUGAUUCAGCCUAUGAUGCAGAUGGUGAAUCCACCCCAAAUGUUAGUCCUGCACAGGGUGACAUUAAAGAUCCAUAUGAUGUUUCAAUGAUUGAAGAUGUUCCCUUUGUUAAAAGUAACAACUUAAAAAAGAAGAGCAAGAAAUCAACCCAGAAAGUUGACAAAAACAUACAGAAAAACAACAGAAUUAACAAAAAAGACAAUGCUAAAGAAACUGGCAUGAAAACUAAUUCUACUAGCACACCGGUUCUGGGUAGUGGAGAAACUGAAAAAUUAAAAUCCAAGCAACCAAACACAGUAUCAGUUACACCUGAGGUGACACCUAUUUUGCCAGUCAAACCCUUUGAAUGCAAAACCCCGUCAGAUGACAGUUACAUAACUCCCCAAAUUAGGAGAUCUGCUCGUAAGCGUGCGUGUGAGCACACAGAGUUGGCAAACAUUUCUCUUGAGUUAAAUUAUACGUCUCAGGGAGAUUCUGGCAUUGCUUUGUCACCUGCUAUUAAGAAAAGGUGCCCAGAGACACCAAAUGAGGACGGAACUGUUUCUAAACAUGAUCAGCAGAAAAAACCCACUACAGCAUCUCAGUACAAAUCAAACACAGAUCACACAAAAUCCUCAUCUGGAAUAAGUCGACCAUUUAUGAACAAAAGAAACAUUUUUAGUCCCAACAGCAAAUUAAAUAUCCCUGAAAUUCUGGAAGUGGACAAACCAUCAAAAGGGAAAAGUUUGGAUAAUUCUUGUUUUGGUUUUGAUUCUUUAGGGUCGCCCAAGCUGUCUCCACCCACAAAGCCAAUCAAAAAAACAAAGACAAAGAAAACUGUGAAGUCUAGUUUGUCAUACCGUCAUGUUCAAAACAACUUUUCUGAUUCAUCAUCAAAGGAAUCAUCCCCAAUUGAGGAUUCUGAUGUCAUGCAAGAGAAUAUCCCAAGAAAUGCAUCAUCAUCACCUUCUCUUUUUUCUGAUGAUGUAUUCUCAGGAACUUCAGAAUCUCUUGAGGUGAAUAGGAGCAUAAAUAAAACCUACAAGCACAGGACAAAGUGUAGAGACAUCAAGCCUAAAUCAUCAUUGCAGGUUUCCAAAUUGGAUGUUUGGGCAAGCAAUUUCAACAUGGAAAUUGAGGACAUUGAGAAGUUUGAUUUAAACAUUGAAUGAUAUAGAUGUAGAUUAUAUGGAGUAUGAACAUUCCUUGAAAAUAGACUGUUUCAGUAUGCACAAGUUGACAAUUUUGAAACAGUUGAUGUGUGGAUAUGAAUGAAAGUGAGUUGGUAACUAUGUGGGCUCAUGUAUAUAAACUAUCAUUUUUUAAAAAUAUAUUUGAAAUGUUUUAUAUGCAUGAUUUGGCUUAAGGUGUACAAUCACAACUGUUUGGGGUAGGGUGUGAAUAUAAAGAUGUUUUGUUAUUAUACACUCAAAAUUAAGAAUUUCAUACUGUAGGUUUACUUGUACUUGUGUUUUUUAUUUAUGUUAACCAAAGGUCUCCAUUAUCUUUUUGUUUUUAAACGACUACACCUUCAUCUAAUUUUUUCUACACAAUACUGGUAAACUAAUUUCUUUUUUAAAAUGAGAGGAUUGUUUAACCCUUUUAUAAAUUAUACUACCUUAGCAAUUUUGUUACCACUAUGUUUGUAAAUUUUUAGAACAUCUCUUACAAUCAUAUAUUAAUGUUGAAUAAUGUCAGGAAAUGCUUCAUGUAAACCGUCCACAUGUAAUAUUUGUGUACAUAAAUUAUUAACAUUAAGGAAUAUAUUAUGUGUAUAUAUUGUUAAUAGCAAUGGAUUUCGGGCAAAUCAUACUUUUGAAAUAAAGUAAAUAUUUGUUUUCAAAGUAGGGAUUUCUUACACACUUGCACCAUGCACACAAAAAUGUCAAAGUACAUUACAUUUUACAUAUUUUCAUGCAAAAAAAAUGGUCACUUACAGAUACAGUUCAAGCUUUUAAGUUUUUUGUUUUCCUGUUAGUGUUUGGAUGACACAUCAAUUCAUCAAAUUAUUAAAUUCAAAUUUUAUAUA